AUGGAGACAGAGAUGGAGGUCUACUCCGGUGCCCCGAGCACCAAGAGGGCGAGGCUCGCGCUACCGGCGACGCCUUCCUCUGGUGGUUUGGCCGUAGCGGCUGGAAGCAGCGAGGGUGCGCCUACUGCAUCCGAGGAUCAAGAAGAGCAGUCUGGUCCUGACCGCAUCAGCGACCUCCCGGACGGUGUCCUCGGUGAGAUCAUAUCCCGUCUAUCCACUAAGGAAGGCGUUCGCCCUCAAAUCCUCGCACGUCGGUGGCGUCCUUUAUGGCGCACCGCUCCUCUGAAUCUCGACUGCAGUGAGAUCCCUGUCGGUCGUCUUCUUAAGCCCCUAGAAACAGUUCAUAUCGACGUACUGUCCAUGCUCCCCAGUAAGGAUGUCAUUCGCAUUAGAUAUUUUGGAACUCGGUGUAGUUUUCAACCUGACAUUGAUGGUUCGUGCCUUCCGGAGGCCAUCCUCUCCGGUCAUGGGGGCACAGUUCAUCGUCUCUGCAUUCCGGCGUGUUACCUCCACUGCAGACCCUCUACAGUUGACGCCUGGCUUCGAUCCCCAAGACUGAAGAAUCUCCAGGUUCUCGAGUUCUAUUACAUGUUCCCAAGUUUUGUGGGAAAAACCAUCACACUACCACACGAAAUAUCUUCGUCCGCGCCCUCACCGCCGGCUUCCACGCUGCUGUUUUCCUCCUCACUGCACACCAUCACAUUUGCUCUUUGCCAGAUACCUGAUAAGUAUGCACGAUCAUUUAAACUUCCACUCCUCAAGAGGCUUUCGUUUUUGGAAGUUGAUAUAUCAGACGUCUCACUGCAAAGCAUAAUCAGCCAUGGUUUCCCUGCCCUCGAGUGGCUCCUGCUUGUUUGCAAUAACUUGGACCACUGCAUCAUAAUAAACUCAGGCAAAGUUGAAGUCAUCUGUAUCCUUUGUGAGAAAGGUGAACUCGUUGUUGAGGAUGCGCCCUCACUUAAACGAUUGAUUCACGAUAUUCAGAGCCGACACUUGCAGAUAACUGUCUUUUCUGCACCUAAGCUUGAGUGUUUGGGUAAUUUUUAUGAAGGAUUUCCUGAAUCCAAGAUUGUUUUUGGCUCUACAGUUAUCGAGGCUUUGUCUGUAGUCAGCCUAUCAAUGGCGGUUCAAUCUGUGAAGACCCUGCUUAUCCACAUGUCAUUAAAUCUGAACAAGGUUGUUGCCUUGAUGCGAUGCUUUCCUAGCCUAGAGAACCUGUUUAUCGAGGGAGGAGUAUGCCGCGAGGAAGGUGUAACAAAUAAGUGGCGCCACAAGCACCGGGUGUUUCUCAAAUAG